UGCAACGGUCUUGAUUCUUUAGUUUAUCAUGAACUGGCAUAUAACUAGGACGUGUAUUAAGAUAAAAAUAGUAUAACAGUAAUUGAUUCUGUUAUAAGUGAGUCGUUAAAAGAUCAUUAACUUCGUGGUUAGAAGUAAGUGUGUUUUGCGGUAGUCAAGGUGUUAAGGUAGAUAACAAAAUGAGUGCAAGAGUUAUUUUCAUCCUAUCAACCCUGGUAUUAUGCAGCAUAGCACAGAGAUCGCCAUACGCAGGACGUAAUCCUAUAGGAUACCCUCAGUUGGACCCUACCACCACGACCACAACGGCUGAUGGAUUGGGAAACAGAUUCGGAGAAGACGACGUCUCAACAACGACUGAAAGACUGCCAUUAGAAGCCAACGGUGAUCGGGAGUUAGUUAACCGGUUGAAGAAGUUGCCUCUUGAUAAGCAACCCUUCUGGCUGAUCAACUGGUUAGCCUUAGAAGAGCAGAGGAAGAACCCACAGACCUACCAGCCUAAACCCAACACCUUUAUAGACGUUAUCCCUCCACCUAGGCAGAAUUUCCCAAAUAGACAGAGCGGCUCUUUUUCUUCACUAUUGCCGCAAUAGCCUGAGAUUCUCAUUUAACGAAGAAGACAUACCUAAGUCAAGCAUCUCAUUCAUUUUAUAAGCUUUUAUUUAGUUUCACCAACUUCUGUAUCCCUACAGAGUUGAUUUUUGUUUACGUCGCUUCAGUUCCCAUGAUAACGUAUUAAUAUGAUAAGCUUGAUCAGAAGAUGAACCGACUAUCGGCUCCCAAUGAAAGAACUCCUCAAUGAUUGUUUUGUUACGGGUUGAAUGUAACCUGACAUCAAUAAAAGCUUGUAAAAAAGGUAAUUUCUGUAAAAAAAAAAACUUAUUUCAAAUAUUGCUCACGUAUUCAUAACCAGUUUCGAAAAUAGAUUAGACAAUAAGAAACUUUUUUUUCUAAGAAGUUGAUAUAACAAAUAGGAUUUAGUGUCACGAUUUCGAUUAAGCUUUUUUUUACCUAACAUUUAUUAAAAUGUCACAACAUAAUAAUUUUUAAAAUAUUCGAUCAGUAAAUCGUAUCUACUGCUGUGUCAAUUAUUACCUAAACGUAAUUUUUGAUCUAUCUAUCGAUAUAAAUGGAAAGACUGACAAUUAUUUAAAUGUAGUGAUUAACAACGCACUUUGUAAUAAAAAAUGUAACACCAAAGAAUUAUUUGGCUGCAUAUUUUAUUAAAACAAAUAAAAUUUUUCAAACAAACCAAUACCUUUUUUGUUUUGGUAUAUAAAAAAAUGAGAAGAAUAUUAUGAAACAUAAUAUAAUGAGAUAAUAUAAUUAUAUUAUGGUGGAGUGGUUCAAGAGGGAGAUUUAGGUGUAUAAUUUAUUAUGGUUUUACCUGAGCGAAGCCAGGACCACGGUACUACGGUAAGAUUGUCCUAAGAUUUACUAACUACCAAUGUCCGAGCAAAGAAAUGAGCAGGAUAUUUAUUACCACCGCUCAUUUCGAACUCUUACAUAAUGUACUUGAUCUGUUGAGUAUCCUUGUACCUGUGAUGUAUUGGGUUAGUGUUCAGAGACAAUUGGAAGGUCACUUAUUAAACAUAUGUUCACAAAUAUCGUGAUAUACUAGUAACAGUGUGACGAUACAAGGAAAACUGGUUAAGCCGUAAGCUAUACAGAAACGCAUCGUUUACAUGUCGGAGUAGGUACGUAAAUAUACGCUAUGCAAUGACGUUACAGAUUUAUUUACAGAAUAGGUCUGGCUAGGAAUUCUAAUAAAAAACUAAAUCAAAAUCGGAUCCACCGUUUAGCUGCUACGAUGCUUCGGACAAACAUACAGAUACAUAGACACCAUAAACUUAUUAACUCCCUUCCUUUUGUUGUCGGGAUUUAAAAAUGAACUUCUUAUAUUAUAUUUAGAAUUUUUCUUAUAUUAUAUUUAUGCGGACUUAUAUUAAGAAAUAUUGCAUUAUUUCAAACGAGUUGAAAAUUUAACUUCCGUAGUAACAAUUUCCAGGUAUCUUUAUAAUAUUUAAGGGUCAGUUACGACUUUUUCAUAAAAGGUUGCUAUAAAUGUCAAUAAAGCAGGUUUUACUUCGA